AUGUAUGCUCAGAUAUUUAUGUUGUUAUGGAACAGAACAGAUAUUUUGAAGCAAUGUAAUUUGGUUCCAACAGGCUUAGCAAAAAGUUGUGAAAAUGUUCAAAACUCAUUAUCUACUGUAAUAGCAGGAGCAGGGUCACAUUCGGCCACAGCACCCCCACCGUAUGGUGACAAAGUCCCCUCAGACCCACCAACUGAGCCCUCCACAGGUUUGUACCCUGUGAUUACUGAAACCCUAAUUGCUCGUAAUGCCACGGGUUCUCAGGAUGCUGUCACUCUGCAGGUGUAUUCUCACGUUCCUUUUAAUCCUGUGGAUCUGGAGGCUUUUAAAGCGCAGGCAGGGGAAUUCUCAACCAACCCCUCCCGAUUUAUUUCAGUUUUUGAAGGCUGUCUGGUUAGUCAUAAACCUGACUGGAAUGACUGCCAGGUACUUUUACGAACUCUCCUCUCUGAGGUGGAACGGGAUCAGGUUUUAGCUAAGGCACCGGCAGAGGCAGAAUGGAGACAUGAGCAGAAUCCUGACACUUAUAAGGAGGCAAAAGAUCAGGUCCCUUUUACUGACCCCCAGUGGGACCCCAAUAAAGCUGAAGGUAUGAUUCCCUUAACUAAUUAUAAAGAACUGCUGUUGUAUGGCUUACGUCACUCGGCAGUUCGCCAUAACAACUGGGCGAAGCCUUAUGAGGUAGUACAGGAACAAAAGGAGAGUCUGGUAGCCUUGCUGCAGUGCAUACAGGAUGCAAUUAGACAGCAUACAACAGCUAAUCCCGAAAGCGCAGAGAUUGAGGAGGUCAUCAAGGGUAUUUUUACUAGUCGGGCUGCCCUGGAUAUUAAAAGAAAAUUACAAAAGAAGGAGGAUCUUAUGGGUAUGACUAUGGCUCAGAUCCUGGAGACAGCUAACAAGGCUUACAGCCUUAGGGAUGUAGAAAAGGAAAAGCAGCAGGAAGCCAGGGAGGAACUACAGAAAAUCAUAGACAAAUUCUUGCAGUGUGGGGUAUUACGGAAGUGUCACUCAGCUUGGAAUACUCCUAUUUUACCUGUCCAAAAACCUGACGGCAGUUAUCGAUUGGUGCAGGACUUAAGAGCAGUCAACGAGCGGGUUAAGACUCUACACGCCCUCGUCCCCAACCCAUACACACUGCUAGCCUCUGUGGGGGGACAGUAUUCAUGUUUCUCAGUUCUCGAUUUAAAGGACACCUUCUUCACGAUUCCGGUGGACCCCUAGUCCCAGGAGAUUUUCUUCUUCGAAUGGGAAGAUGCCAACAGGAAUAAAAGGCAGCUGUGUUGGACGGUGCUGGCACAAGGAUUUAAGGACUCCACCACUCUCUUCGGCCAAGCUUUAUCCUGGGACUUGGAAGAAUGGGAUAAUGAGGACAAAGUCCUUCUCCUGCAGUACAUUGAUGAUUUAUUAAUAGGAGCAGUGGGACUAGAAGUAUGUCUCAAGGCAACCGUAAGCCUUUUAAACUUUCUCGGGCUGCGGGGGUAUUGCGUGUCAAGAAAUAAAGCCCAAAUUGCCCUCCCUGAAGUACGCUACCUAGGCUUCCAGAUUAGACAAGGGGAACGCCAGCUCUCAAGGGAGAGGCUUGAGGCCAUCUGUCAGGUCUCUGCUCCCCGAAAUCGCAAGCAGCUUAGAGCAUUCCUGGGGAUGGCAGGAUUUUGCUGAAUGUGGAUCCCAGAUUUUGGACUGCUAGCUAAGCCUCUGUAUGAAUGUGUUAAGGUGACUGAUAAGGAACCAUUUUACUGGACAACAGAGGCAAAUAACGCCUUUACCUUAAUAAAAAGAAAACUGAUGGAAGCCCCAGCCCUGGGUCUGCCCGAUCUUUCCAAGCCCUUUCAAUUGUAUGUACAUGAAAGAAAAGGGGUGACCCUGGGACUACUUACACAGUUAUUGGGCUCUUGGAAACGUCCAGUGGCUUAUUUCUCCAAACAAUUGGACCAGGUUGCUAAGGGGUGGCUGGCAUGCUUACGGGCAGUUGCAGCUACAGCCGUGGUGUUGGAGGAAGCAGAAAAACUGACUUUGGGGGGGGCUGUGCAAGUAUACACUCCUCACAUGGUCCAAGCCGUACUGGACACAAAGGGGGGUCUCUGGCUCACCCAAGCUCGGGUAGCCCGGUAUCAGGCUAAGCUCUUAGAGAAUCCCGAAGUUACCCUGCAGGCUUGCCCCUCCCUUAACCCGGCCACCCUGCUGCCAGAAACAGAGGGUCAAGAACAUGACUGCUUGGAGGUUAUAGAUGCCCAGUACUCCAGCCGUCAGGAUUUAAAGGAUCAACCUCUCCCUAACGCAGACUAUGAGUGGUAUACGGCGGGCAGUAGCACUGUUGUAAAUGGACUAAGAAGAGCGGGCUAUGCUGUUGUCUCUCUCCAUGAAACUGUGGAGGCAAAAAGCCUACCCCCCGGGAUAGUGGCUUUAACUCAUGCGCUUGAAUUGUCAAAAGGAAAAAGAGUUAAUAUUUACAUGGACUCUAAAUAUGCUUUUGGUGUGCUGCAUGCCCACGCUGGUCUGUGGAAACAAAGGGGAUUACUGAUGGCUCAGGGUUCUCCGGUCAAGCACAGGUUACAAAUUCUUCAGCUUCUGGAAGCUGUACAGCUCCCCUCAGAGGUAGCAGUAAUGCACUGCAGGGCUCAUCAAAAGGAGGAUCACAAUACUAACCGAGGAACACUGCUAAGACUGUGGCUCUUAAACUUGUUAAAGAAAUUUUUCCUAGAUUUGGCCUGCCUCGAUGGACGGAGUCUGACCAGGGAAUACACUUUACCUCAAAGAUUGUCCAGAAUGUCUCGGAUAUCCCCCAGCUCAACUGGAAACUUCACACCCCUUGGAGACCACAGGCCAGUGGAGUGGUAGAGCACACUACUCAGACACUCAAAAGGCACCUAGCCAAAAUAUGUUAGGAAGCGUCUUUACAGUGGCCUGAUGCCUUACCCUUGGUUUUACUCCGCAUUCGGGCCCUUCCUAAGGGUAGAACUGGUUUGAGCCCCUUCGAGAUUAUGUUUGGAAGGGCAUGGCCUAUGAAUGGUACCCUGAUCCUGCUAGGGGAAUGGGAGGCUGGCUGUGGAUAUUUAUCUCAGUAUAUGUGUUCCCUGCCUGCUGUUUUAUGUUCUC